AUGAAAAUUGGUAAGGUGGUAAAUAGUGAGGAAGAUAGCUGUAGAGUGCAGGAGGAUAUCAAUGGACUGGUCAGCUGGGCAAAACAGCAGCAAACGGAAUUCAACUCCGAGAAACAGAUCCAGAGGGAGGAACGGGAGCUGUGGGAUGACAUGAAGGGCCAGUCAGUGCAAUGGGGCGUGGCCAUUGUGCUUAGUCUCUGGUCACUGACCAAUGCAGUUUCCCAAAGUGCUCCUAUUGUUUUGGACAUCACUCCUUACCACGGUAGCGUCAAUGGAGCAACCAGGCUGACAAUUAAAGGAAAAGGUUUCUUGGGAGAAAGGCCAUUUGACUACACAGGAGGAAAUGGACAACUGGGCAAUAAGGUGCAGCUCCUAUCAGAAUCCAGGUCCAUUCCCUGCGACGUAGAGAAAGAUUCCAGCCACGAAACACAGGUUAUUUGCUACACCAGACCACUACCAAAAGACAGCUAUCAGGUUGUAGUGAGUGUAGACGGGGUUCCGAUUAAUGCCAACAAGACGAUGGUCUUUAAAUCAGAAGACCAUUAUACGCCAACCAUUGAGAGGAUUUCGCCCUUGUCUGGAUUACCAGGUCAACUCAUUAACAUCUCUGGAGAUAUUUUUACUGAUAUCUAUGGCAGUAACAAACCGAUAGACUCCAAUCUCAGAAAAACCAGGAUUUUGAGGGUCUACGCUGGUGGAAUGCUUUGUGAGCUCCUUCAACCUGAUUCAGAUACGUUGUACGGUUUGAAACUUGACAAUGUGUACAGUGACAGUGGCAUGAUGACUUGUAAAAUGACUGGAACAUAUGUUGGUCACCACAAUGUGAGUUUUAUUUUGGACAAUGGCCAUGGAAGGUCUUUGCCCAAUCUGAACACUUACUUCAUUUCUUCCCUCAAUAAACUCAGCAUGUUCCAAACCUACGCAGAGGUGACUGGGAUCUAUCCGUCUGAAGGGAGUGUGGAAGGAGGAACCCUCCUGACUGUGACUGGCCAGUUCUUUGAUGAAACAGAUGCCCCUGCCAGAGUUACUGUAGGAGGUCAGAGCUGUGAGGUUCUAAGUGUCAGCACAACUCAGAUAAUCUGUCAGACCCCAAAGGAAGCCAGUCAUCUCAGAACAGUUUUUCCAGGAGGAAGAGGAAUGAAGAUAGAAACAUGGCAAGGUGGCAACCUGGAUGAUUUACCAGACUACAAUGAAAAUACUCCAGGGUAUUCAGUAUCUUGGACUGAUGAGGCUUUAUCUCCAGCCUCCACAUCACAGAGUCCAUCAGUAACACGCUUAAGUGGGUUCUUUGUUGCUCCAGAGACUGACAAUUACCAUUUCUAUAUCAAACAGAAGGGUUCAUUCCAACUUUCUUUCAGUUUAACUGGGAUCCCUCAGGACAAGGUGAACAUUGCUUAUAGGUCUCAGAAUCUCCGGAGAUAUGGUAAUCAAGAAUUUGACACUAUGCAGCUUCAGAAAGGGAAAGAAUAUUACAUUGAAUUGGUGCUGCAGGAAGACACCAGCUCCACCUUUAGUCUUGGUAUGUACAGGGAGAACAUCUCCUACACGGAACAACAGACAGCAGACUCUGUCAGUGAAGUCCAGCUCAUUAAAUCACACUCUCACAUUCUCCAUGAGAAACAGAUUUUGACUUUGGAGAACUGGAAUACGGGAAGUGCAGUCAACGAGAUUCAGGAAAUCAUCAUCAGCAACUCAUGUCAAAAAACCAGUACCUGUUCAUACAUUUGGUACAGUCUCAUCUAUAAUCAAGUGCACACAGUCCUUAUUCCUAUGGAUGCCAAAGCUGCAAAAGUUCAACAAGCUUUAAAUGAUCUGUGGACAAUUAAACCAGACAAGGUUCAAGUGUCAAGAAAAUCAACCAACAAAAACAUUAUCUAUAAAGUGACCUUCAUAUCCACACGAGGAGAUUUUGAUUUACUUCAAUAUGAGGUCCUGAGUGGAUAUCAUGUCACCAUUAAAGUGGUGGAAAAAACUAAAGGGAAGCCCAGAAUGGAUACAUUUACACUGAUGCUGGAUGGGAUCAGCUCAAGACCUGUUUCACAUACAGCAAGUGUUACUGAGGUCAAAGCUGCUUUAGAAGGAAUGUUGGAUGUAAAAUGUCCAGAUCACAUAGUUAACUACAGGGAGGGAUACGCAGUCUAUUAUUUCAACAAUUUUGAAGAUGACUUAUCCAAGAAAAUCUUUCAGAAAGACCAGGUGACAAUGAAAACUAAUGCUUUUUGUGGACGCUAUUGUGUUAAAAAUCCUACAUGCUUGUUUGGCUUUGCAAGUUAUCAUCAACCAUUUUCAUUACGCAUAUACAAAGAGCUUUGUUUUGCAUAUAAAGGCCACUUGAGAAAUAAUCUUCGUCUGUCAUUCACUUACAACAUUGAUGGUGAAUCAAAUGCAAAGAACUUUCGGUUCCAAUACAGUUUUGCACAAGAUAAUCAAUGGACCUACACGUGCAUCAAUUUGCAUGAACUUAUGAUAUCCAGAUUUCCCAGAGGAAGAAACUUCUUAGUGAAGGGAAUUUAUCUCCAGACAGAACAAGACCAGGAUUUCUAUGUGGACACUGUGUAUAUUGGACAGAAGCCUACAGUGCAGAAUCAAAAUGGUAUUGUUAUUUUGAAUUUCAAAUCUGAGCGAGAUGUACCAAUAGUAGCUUACCCUCCAUUGUUUGACAAAGGAAUUCUUAUUGAGGAGUUCAUAGUUACUGAAGGAGGAACUAAAAAAGAUGGUGUGCACAGUCAGUAUGAAGUAACUAUGGUUACCAUCGACUGUAGCUGCAACAUUCCAUUGCUAGAGAUUGCCUUUGCUCAGGCUUUGCCUAAUGGUACAAAGGAUGGGAUGGUUUACAGAGGGAGCACUUGGCCUGAGGGAGCCGUUCUAAGAGUUCGGAGAACACAAGCAGCAUCUCCUCCAAUCUCUGGUACCUUGGAUAUUGAGUACUUUGGGAAAACCUUGAAAGAUUUGCCAGUUAAUGCUACAGCCUCGGAAAUGCAAUAUGCCUUACAAACAAUCUCUGAGAUUGGGACAGUUUCUGUAACGAAAUCAGGCAACUGUUCUGCCGCCGAGUGGACAGUGAAAUGGCUCAGCAAGCCGGGCAAUCAGCCCACGUUAAAGAUUAAAGAUAUGAAUGUCAUUGGAGUCAAUGCAACAGUAAAUGUUUACAAUAAGCAGCAAGGAGGGCUGUUUAGUGAACAUCUGAUCGGCGAUCUGUUUCGGACACCACACACACUGCCUCAGGUAGAGGUUUACAUCAACGGUAUUCCCAGUAACUGUUCCGGGAAUUGUGGAUAUAAAUGGAAUGCUGAGAAAACCCCUGUCAUUACACACAUUACCCCAACAACAGGAUCCAGGUCCAGUGGGACUGUUCUGACCAUAACAGGCUUCAGAUUCGCCAACAGUUCAAUGACCGAUACCACUUGGGUUUCGAUUGGAGGUACCCAUUGUCCAAUCACAGGAUUAACUGAUACCAAAAUAACCUGUAUGAUUGGAGUUGCCAGUAAUACAUCAUCUCCUCUCACUGUUUACAUCGCUGGACUUGGCUUUGCAAACUAUUCCAGCAACCAGACAUUCACAUUUAUGUUUCAGUUUGAGGCAACAAGCAUAUACCCAUCCAUAGGCAGCACUGAAGGAGGGACAAUUCUGACCAUAUCUGGUUAUGGAUUUGUUCCUAAUUCAAUGGUUUUAAUUGGGGGGAAGACCUGCCUUCAACUUACAGAAAGUCCUGUCAAGAUGAAAUGCAGAACUCCAGAGGCCCCACCUGGAAUGUAUAACAUCUCAGUGAUUGCUGCUGGAAUAUCCAACCUAGUUCCCUUCUCCUUCAUUUACAUUGAUGCAAAGAUUCCAGUAAUCUCAGAAGUGAUUCCAAAAACAAGCAGUGUGGCAGGUGGUUCCAAUCUGACAAUCUAUGGAUCAGAUUUUGGCAACAAAUCUGAAGAUAGUUUUGUAGUUAUUGGGAACUCUGAGUGUGCAAUUCUUCGAUGGUCGACCAACAACAUCACAUGUUGUCCGCCCAGCCUCCCUCCGGCGAAUUACAGUAUCUAUGUACAAACUCAUGUUGGCAAAUCUCUAAAUGCUUCAGUCGAGUAUGUCUUGCGAGUGACCGAAGUGACUCCUCAGCAGGGCUCAUUGUAUGGAGGCACGAAAAUCACCAUUUCUGGAUCUGGUUUCAGUCCCGUCCCAGAGGACAACAUUGUUCAAAUUGGUUCUGUUCCAUGUCACAUAACGUUUGCUUCACCAAACGUUCUCAAGUGUGUUUCUGAUCAAACUGGAAGAAAAUUUGUCAUUACAAAUAAUGGCAGCAGUCAAACACUUGGAGUCGGGUAUGAGUGGAAUCCUUCAAGCCUGGACAUCGUCGUUGGGGAUACAGUACAAUGGCAGUGGCAGUCCCCACCUUUACUUCAACAUUUGAGAUACAGAGUCUUCAGUGUCUCCAAACCCAGUGAUGUAAACUACAAAGGCAGUGGGUUUAUUAGUGACAAUAUGAGCACUACAUCAGGUUCAUUCUCUCAUCAUUUUACCUCCCCCGGGACUUAUUACUACAGCAGUGGUUAUGUGGACCAGAAGCAAAGUGUUGUCCUCCAAGGGGUGGUGAAUGUGAAAUCAGCUGAGGAAAGCAUCAAAGGCGUACAUAUUCAUUUCGCAGGGAUCGAAGCAGAAUAUGUACCAGGUGAAAUGCGCAUCCUCUUACGAUUUUGGAGGGUUUAUGUUGACUGUACAGCACCGAUCCCCACAUGUAACCAGGCAUCGAACAGGACCGAUGACAAAAGCUUCACAUUCUACCUGUCUGCCUGCUACUCCCCCACAAUCAACAGCAUCACACCCUCGAAAGGAACAGUGAAGGACAAACUAACCAUUACCGGGACUGGAUUCAGUAAAAUCGGCUGUGCAAAUGAGGUGAGAGUUGGAAUACAUCCAUGUGUCAUUGAAAGUAGCACGGAGAAUGAACUUCUAUGUCAGAUAGAUCCUGAGGGAGCGAUGGAUGUUGGCAUUGCAGCUCUAGUGUCCGUGACAGUCUAUAACCUCGGCACAGCUAUCAAUACAGUAACCAAUGAAUUGAGUCGUCGUUUUAUGCUGCUUCCUCACAUUGAUGAUGUUAGCCCCAGUGUUGGGUCCACAAUGGGAAAGACCAGAGUAACCAUCACUGGGUCAGGAUUUGGAGCUGACCUGAGCGCUGUCAGGGUCCAGUUAGCCAAUGUGCUUUGCACGCUGGUUUCUGCAAACUGCACACAUGUCAUCUGUGACUCUUCAGCUUCUAUUGCCUCUACUGGGAUUGUCACACUUUCUGUCCAUGGCAUCCCAGCGGUGUGUAGUGGCACCUGUGACUAUUCCUACACAGAGAGUGCAGCACCAAUCAUACUGAAUGUGUCUUCUACACUCCUGACUACAGUUUACACAGAGCUUACUAUAAGUGGCAGUGGAUUUGGGAACAGUGUGGAUGAGGCUUUCGUCCAUAUAGGAAAUGCCAGUUUUGUUCCAAAUGAUGUUUCAGACAUCAGCAUGAACUGCACAGUAGGCCCCGUGCCUGUUGGCAAACACACACUCAGGGUUUUAACAUUAAGUAAAGGUCUGUCACUAAGAGGGAUUUCCAUCACCAGUGCUGCCAGAGCUUCCCUCUCUCCAGCAUCAGGAGGUAUCCAUGGUGGUACCACAUUGUUAAUAACAGGAAAUGGUUUUAUCCAGGAUGAAACCAUUGUGAUGGUUCACAGAUCUCCAUGCCACCUUCUUUCGGUCACUCCAGGUGAAGUUAAGUGCAUCACUCCCGCUGGUCCCCCAGGCACUGUCGAUGUAAAGAUUAUUGUUCGUUCUACAAUGUAUCCUGUCCUUAACUUUACCUACAACCAAACAGAGACUCCAGAAAUUCUAACUGUGUCUCCAGUAACAGGUGUAAGUGAAUCAACAAUCACCAUCGUUGGGUCUCGAUUUGGAUCUUCUGCCUCUGACAUCACUGUCUCAAUAGACAAUGUCUUGUGUAAAGUGACCAUGAUGAAUGACAGUUGCGUUCAGUGCAUUGUGGGACAUCAUGCUGGUGGCACAUUCCCUAUUUUUCUGAAACACGAGAGGUGGGGAUACGCAUUGUCUGAUCUGUCCUUUCAAUACGAACUCAAUAUAAACAGUAUCUUUCCAACUGAAGGAAGCUUUGGUGGUGGCACAUUGCUAACAAUAAGAGGCAUUGGAUUUGACCAACAAAAAUCCAAAGUGUUUGUUUGUGAUGGUGAAUGCAAGAAGAUGCCAUCAGCCUCCACUUCCAGAACUCUGUACUGUCAGGUGCCACUGCAUAAUGGUACUGACCCUGAGCUGGCGUGUGACGUGGUUGUUGUAAACGGUAAUGAUUCAAGCAAAGUGUCCAAUGGCUUCACCUACCUAUCAGCUUUGACCCCCGUAAUUACAACCAUUAACCCCAGGAGAGGAGGAACUGGGGGAGGCACCAAGCUGACCAUUACAGGGUCAGGUUUCAGUUCAGACAUAAGUGAGAACAAUGUCAUCAUAGCUGAAACUCCCUGUGAGAUACAGUCUGUGAAUGAAACCAACAUUGUGUGUGUUACCAGCGCACAUUUUCCAUCUCAACAAACUAAAGUUAUCGUGAACGUACGGGGAAAUGGCAUUGCCAAGCUGGACAAUGCAGAUUUCAACUACAUUGAUGUCUGGUCCUCACGUUACACAUGGGGAGGUGACACACCUCCUGAGGCAGGCUCACUUGUCGUUAUCACCAGAGGGCAGACUAUACUCCUGGACCAAAGUACCCCUGUCCUGAAGAUGCUUGUCAUUCAAGGUGGAACCCUUGUGUUCGAUGAAGCCGACAUUGAGCUUCAAGCAGAAAACAUUCUCAUCACAGAUGGAGGAGUGUUCCAGAUUGGAACAGAGUCUGCCCCAUUCAAGCACAAGGCAAUAAUCACACUGCAUGGUCACCUCCGGGCAAAGGAAUUGCCCCUGUAUGGAGCCAAGACACUGGCUGUUCGAGAGGGAACCCUGGACCUGCAUGGCCUUCCUGUUCCUGUAGUUUGGACUCAUUUAGCUCAGACUGCCAAAGCAGGCUCCGCCAAUCUCAUUUUACAAAAAGCUGUGACAUGGAAACCAGGGGAUAAGAUCGUCAUUGCAUCAACCGGUGACAGACACAGCCAGAGAGAAAAUGAGGUUAGGAUUAUAGAGGCUGUCUCAGAUGAUGGGCGGAUCCUGUACCUAACUGAGCCACUCAUGUAUCAGCACCUGGGGGUAUCAAUCCCCCUGCCUGACGGCGUUGUGUUUGAAGCCAGAGCAGAAGUGGGUUUACUGACCCGUAAUAUUGUUGUUCGAGGCUCAAAUCAAGUUGAGUGGAAUGAUCGAAUCGAAGCAUGUCCUGUGGGGUUUGACAUAGGUGAAUUUGCCACACAGACUUGUUUCCAGGGACGUUUUGGUGAAGAAAUUGGGAGUGACCAGUUUGGGGGCUGCAUCAUGUUCCACAAUCCACAACCCAGCAAGGAUCUUGUAGUGGGGAGAAUUGAAUAUGUUGAGUUAUAUCAUGCGGGACAAGCCUUCCGUUUGGGACGCUACCCAAUCCACUGGCACCUUAUGGGAGACCUGAGAUAUAAGUCAUAUGUGCGAGGUUGUGCGAUACACCAGACAUUUAACAGGGCUGUUACUAUCCAUGGUACACACCACCUCCUGGUGGAGGGCAACGUGGCCUACAACAUCAUGGGAGGAGCGUUCUUCAUUGAGGAUGGCAUUGAACAAGGCAAUGUGCUGCAGUAUAACCUGGCAGUCAUGGUGCGGCAAAGCACCAGCCUACUGAAUGAUGACCUCACCCCUGCAGCAUUCUGGGUGACCAAUCCAUCGAACACGAUCAGACAUAACGCUGCUGCAGGGGGUACACACUUUGGCUUCUGGUACCGUCUCCUGGAGCACCCUGAUGGACCUUCCUACACACCUGAUGUCUGCCCACGCAACCUACCCCUCGGUCAGUUCUUAAACAACACUGUGCAUUCCCAGGGCUGGUACGGACUGUGGAUUUUUGAAGCUUAUCACCCACAGAAAGGGGGUCAGUGCAACUCCCUGAUUGCAGAACCAGCCAGAUUUGAUUCACUGAUCUCAUGGAACUGUGAGAAAGGGGCAGAGUGGGUGGAAGGUGGUGCUCUCCAAUUCCAUAACUUUGUGACGGUCAACAAUGAGAAGGCUGGCAUAGAUAUCAAAAGCAUCAAGCGCUCCUAUGUAAAUGAAUGGGGAGAGGCCAUGGGAGCAAUGAUCAAGAAUGCGACAAUUGUAGGUCAUGCUGAGGAACUUGAUUUUAACACCAUCAAUUGCACCAGCAAAGGCAUUGCUCUGCCACUUUUUGAAGGGUUGACAGUAUCAACAGUAAGGUUCAUAAACUUUGACCGGCCAAACUGCAUUGCCAUGGACCUGACUGAGGUGAAACGGGUUGUGAGCAUACAAGGUGACAGUUGGAACGUGAGAUUCAGUGGCGUUCAGUACUUUAGCACAACCAACAAGGGCGCCUUCUCCCUUGAGAACGAUAUUGUCCUCCAUGAUCUGGAUGGAUCUCUCUCAGGUUACCCUGGUAACAAGGUGCUUCCGUACAGCUCACUUUUGGAUCCGGCUCGAUGCCACCCAUCGGCAGAGUGGAGCCAUAUGUACCCCGGUGUUGUGUGUGAUGCCACUGUUACCAUCCAUCGCUUGGCUUUGUCUCAGCCUUCACCACUUGCAUUGAGAGAGAAGGAACUCAUCCUAUCAAAUUCUCACGGAAACAGUGUCAUCCAAUAUAGGUCCGCGCGUAACAUCAAAAACUGUGGUUGGGUGGCUCUUAUUCCAAACAAUGAGAUCUUAAACUUGCACUUCAAGGAUAUCAACUAUAUCACCAAUAUCUCUUACAAGGCCACAUUCCAUCACUUCAAGGACAAUGAUUCAAUUGUAAUAUCCCAUAAAUUCAUCCAUCAACCAGACUAUUUCAAGAUCAUGAAUCCAGUUCGGAAUAAUUCACUCCAACCUCUCAGUUGGGCCAGCAACCAGAAUGGCGAUUGGUACUUCGACCAGGAGAAUUUGACCCUGUAUUAUCUGAUUUCAGGAAGGGGAGUUUCAGAGCGACACAGCUUUCAGUCAAACCUCGACCCAACAAUGGUUGACAUCGAUGCUCAGUUUCGAGUAUUCCGCUGCUUUUACAAGAACUGUGAGCCACCUUCCAGAUACACAGAGAUCAAUGCAUCUAAUUAUGUAACUUGGUCAAACUCAUCGUUCUGGGAAUCAAGGCCAGAAUCCAAUAACACCGUUCCCACUGAAGGUAGCAGCGUGGUGAUCGAACAAGGAAUAUGGAUAGUGGUGGAUAGCCCAAUUCCUCCACUCUAUAAUCUUACCAUCCUUGGUACCUUAGAAAUUAGGGAUGACAACUUAAAGUCAGUUAAUCGUUCAUCAUCCUACACACGAAUCGUCCUGAAUGCAACAUACAUUUCAAUUCAGGGAGGGAGGCUGAUUGCAGGCAGCCCAGAGAAACCGUUCCAAGGAGAGCUACAGAUUGUUUUGAUGGGAGACCAUUCAACCCCCGAGUGGCCUUUAAGAAAUGGGCCCAAUCAAGGUUCGAAGAUGCUGGGUGUGUUUGGAGGACUGGAUCUGCACGGUAUUCCCCAUUUGGUCUAUAAAACCAAACUGGGUUCAACAGCACAUGCCGGCUCCCUCAACAUAACUCUGGUUGAAGCCGUCGAUUGGCAGGAAGGAGAUGAGAUCCUUGUGUCAACAACGAGCUAUAAUUACACACAGACAGAAAUCAGAACGAUCCACUCUAUCUCCUUUGAUAGAAAGACAUUGGGCUUGAAUGAAGCACUAUCGUACACACACGUCGCGGAAACACAGGAAUUGAAGGGAAGAGGCCAGAGUUACACUCUGGCAGCAGAUAUUGGCCUGCUCAGCAGAAACAUCAAGAUCAUUGGCCAUAAUCACCCUGACAAGGCAGAUGAAUUGUUUGGAGCACGGGUCUUGAUCAGUUCCUUCUUUCAUAACGGAAUGGAGUUCAAAGGUCAUGCCAGAAUACAGGAUGUUGAAUUUUAUCACAGUGGACAGUAUGAUGACCUAAGUUACUUUGGCCCACGAUUUUCUGUGUCUUUCCUCAAUCUUGGAGAGAUUGUAGAAAAUGAUUCCUACAUUCGUGGAUGUGCUUUCCAUCAUGGAUUUGCUCCUGCGAUAGGAGUCUUUGCAACAAGUGGCCUUAAUAUUGAUGAUAAUGUCAUUUUCAAAACUUAUGAUGGAGGUAUCACAUUAAUGGGUGACAGGAAUCGGGUGAGGAGGAAUCUGGUGGCUCUCACCUUGUGGUCUUCACUUUCCGAUAUUUGGACUGCAGCAAUUGAGGUAAUUGAAGGCUCUGAUAUUGUGCUUCAAGGGAACAUUGUUGCAGGAUUUGAGAAGGCUGGUUAUCGAAUUAAUGGGGAACCAUGUCCAGAGCAAUCAAAUUCCACUGAGGCCUGGUUUAAUAAUGAGGUCCAUGGUGGAGAAUGUGGUAUUUACAUGAACAGAGAUGGCUUUGCCACUUGCAGCCUUAUCCAAGGAUUCACAAUCUGGAAAUGCUGGGAAUAUGGAAUAUACUUCCAGACAGAGGGAUCAGUGCAAGUCUCCGAAGUGACUCUGAUGGAGAAUAAAUUGAGUAUUUUCUCAAUGAUUUAUGCAUCCUCAGCAUCUGAACCUAAGAUAUCGAACAAGAGCAUUCUUAUUCGUAAUGCCUUACUGGUAGGAAUUAGCCCCAUCUUCAACUGCUCGGAUUUACAACCUGAUGAUUCUAUUCUGAGCCACAAAAAGGGUAAGCAGAAUUUUAGAAAAGCUUCAGUGGACAGGAAUGGAAUAUACUGGCCAACGUUUGCCUCUACUAAUAACAACGCACCAAAUAAUCCACACGAUAGCUUGACAUCUGACCCUGCAAUCAGUGGACAAAUGAUCAUAGAGAAUACGACUUUUGUUGGAUUCAAAGGCACAUGUUCCAACAAACUGAAUGUUAUGUUUAUCACUAAUCCAAUGAAUGAGGAUUUUCAGCAUCCCAUUCUCGUGAAGGGAAUCACUAUUGUGGACAGUGAGGAGCGAGGCAAAGUCUUCAUACACAGACCUAAUGUGGCGAAAGUAAACCUUGCGGACUGCGUGGACAUGGUCUGUGAUGCCAAGAAGAAGACACUGCUGAAAGAUCUUGAUGGCUCAUUCCUGGGGGCAGUUGGAGCAGUUGUCCCUCAGUCAGAAUAUGAAUGGGAUGGUGACCGUCGCUACGGGACUGGGGAUUAUCGAAUUCCAAAAACCAUGUUGACAUAUUUAAAUGGCAGCCGUAUUCCAAUCUCUCAGAUUGCACCACACAAAGGAAUUAUUCGAGAUUCCACUUGUACCUACAUGCCCGACUGGCAAAGCUACAAAUGCUUUGGGCUAAACUAUGAAAUACUGGUUAUUGAAAGCUUGGAUCCUGAUUCAGAGACCAGGCGGUUGUCCCCAGUAGCUCUGCUUACAGAGGGUUACAUUGACCUUAUUAAUGGCCCCGAGAAUCAUGCCUGUUCUUCUUCCUAUGCUUGCAACAAGAGAGUCUCAAUCUUCUACACAGUCGUGGCAACAAAUAAGUCAUACGAGUUAUAUUUCACCGGUGUUAGCCCUCAGAACCUACGCCUAAUGCUCCUCAAUACGGAUGACAGCAAAGUUAUAUGCUUGGCAAUAUAUUACUCCACAUCUCAACGACUGGAUGUGUAUGUGAAUAAUACCUUCGUACCCCCUACUAAUGCAAAAUGGAAUGCUGACAAAACUGACUUCACACUAAAGGGCCCAAUCUAUGCAGGAGAAUUCACUCCCAAGUUGGACUCCUCUGUCAUUGGAGAAAAUUACUUUGACAGAACCUAUCAGAUGCUUAACGUUCUGGUGAGAGGAUCAACUCCAAUUGAGGUCCAUACAGCUCCUGUCCUUCACAUCUCCUUUAAUCUACCUGCAAUGACCGUGCAUGAAUUUUACGGCCCCAAUCUAGUAGAAAAUCUUGCCCUGUUCCUACACGUACCUCAAAGAAAGAUCCGCAUUACUAACAUUGUGCGUGAGAAAGGGCUCCGCAGGAAGCGUGCUACAGGGAUCACAGUUGAAGUGGAAAUCGGAGACCCGCCCUCAGAGCAUUUUUCUGUGGACAAUAGUAACUCUACCAACACCACCUCUACUGAAGGCAAACUGAAGUUCUCUGAUCUGGAGGAAAUAGCCAGCAAUCUUGGUGAGGCCAUGCUCACUGGAAACCUGAGUGCUUCCCUGGCCUUUACAAUCUCUACAAUGGAUCUUUCCAGUCCAGUGCCACCUCCAGAUGAUGCAGAGUGGGCUCAGGUAACACUUUAUGUCUGCACUUCAUUUCUGUCAACAAAUAUACACUCCUCUGGUGGAAAUAAAAUCACAACAAAAAAUGCAAUUAGCUAUAUAAACAGGCAGGAUAAAAUUAACAUCUUCUCCAUGCCACUCCAUAUUUACCAGCAGAACCAUGCCCAGGAAUUCAUUCCAUGUGAAAGAUAUAAAAUAAAAAAUCUGCAUUUUUGUAAGAAUCCAAGUUUGGCUGUCUAUUUAGCAACUGCACAAGAGUACCCUCAGGGCAACUGUGUGUCAGUGGGUGUUACCUCAUGGGAGUUGGUUGCUGUUCUCCUGAAUUCUCAGAAUGUGACUGUUACUGGACUUAAUGGGACAACGAGUAUCUUAUUCAAAGGCUGUUGGGCAAAUUACACUGACCUCUCCAUCAACACAAACGGUACCAGCUACAAACUAGUAUUCGAACUGAGGUCGAUUAAAACUUAUUCUGGCACCUUCUCUGUGAAACAAAUAAAUGACAGCCCUGGGAAACCCUCAGGCCCCAGCCCAUCCUUGGCUCUCGGUAAUACACAGGGCAUCAUCGGUGGCUCCAUUGUGGGAGGCCUUGUGCUCAUCCUCCUCAUUGCUGGCAUAACCUGGAAAUUAACAGCUGGCAACACGAGGAAGAUUCAGGUGUCUAGCGUGCCUGAGACACAAGAGAAGAAACAAGUCGAUGCAGUCACUGGUCAUAAUCCAGACCACAGCCUCCCACCAGUGCAAAGCUGACCAGCUUAAAGCCCGAAACAUGAUGCAAGAAACCAGAAUUGAGUGACAAUGAAGCAACAAAUGAAAUCCAACAAUCUUUUAUUUUCAAGACAAGUUAAUUAUAACCCAACACAAUAGUGAGAUUUCUAUUAGGUUAACUUUCAAAUUCCUCAUCCAGUGAAACUAGUCUUUGCCAAGUGUGACUUCAUAAUCUCCAGGUAAUUUAUCAGUCACUGUCCUGCAAAUUUUCUCCAAUUGUAUUCAAUCAAUACU